AAAUAACGGAGCCAUGGCUGCCGUUGGCAGAAUUUUUUUACUUUCUGACCGCAGUCUUAAAAUUCUAAACAUGACAAUUACCAAAACAACAACCGGUGUCGCCAUAUUUAAUGACGCGACACACUACACUGGCGAAUGUCGAUGACGUAACACGCGUCGUCCCAAUUUUUCCAACGUACACUCGUAAUCUGCGCUCUCGGAACAAUACGGACACCUCGACUAUGAGUACACUUCAGCGACGACCGUGGAGUGGAGUCCGGGAAUUUGGUCCCGUGGUACGUCAUCGCCGAGCGACAAGCCGCGCCAGAGCCAAGUACGGGCCUCCAUUUUUAUACCAACUAUCUUCAGAUGAUUCGUUUACAGUUAUUCUAUUCGUAUCAUGGCUACACGUAAAUUCACUCGGUGGUCAGAGAGCGAGGUCGCACUUUUCUUGAGAUUGGUGGCUGAGGAAAAGAUACAGAAAGAGCUGGACGGACCCCGAACUGAAAAAGCCUACCUGGAACUUUCCCAGCAAAUGGCCACGCACGGGUUUGACCGCAGUUCUCAGACUUGCAGAGAAAAACUGAAAAAGAUGAAAAGUGACUACAAAGCCAUAAAGGACCACGGUCGCCGCGGCAGUUUGUACAGAAGCGAUUGGAAGUGGUUAGGUCAGAUGGAAGCCAUCUAUGGCCACAGACGCAACAGCCGAGGGCGAAGCGUUGAAGCGAAGCAGAAGCAAGAGUGGUCCGUGGAGGAGACGGGCUGUCUCAUCGCGUUGUGGUCGUCCCCCGAGUCACGGAACAAUUUUGCAGGCAGGGCCAAGCUAAUGAUGGAGUUCAUUCGGCUGGAGAUGGCGAGUGCGGGCUUCAAUCGCACCACGGAACAGAUCAACAAUAAGUUGAAGAAACUAAAAAUGGAAUACAGGGACAAGAAGAAGCACCUGAAACCCAGCGACCUGGCACAAAUGCCAUUUUAUGAAAUGAUGGAGUCUGUGCUCGGUAACACGCUCCCACCCCCGUUGAUGGAGAACGUCAGUCCUGCCUCUGCAAUACUCGACAGCAUCAUCGACCCAUCCGCGGGCAUUGGUUUGUCUGUUGACGACAACAUGAUUACAGCCGAUACUGCUGCACCAUCACGCCUGUGCCACCCGCCGUCACCUUCCUUCCCGGUGGAAAGUGCAAAAAAUGAUGGCCGAACAGCUUUUUCCACCGAUGACCACGUCAUUAAAGCAGACAGCGACACACCUCCACCUCCACCCCUUUAUUGCAAGACAGCAAUAAAUGCAACAAACAAUGGCAGAAGAGGUUUGUUUGCUGAGGUUAUGUCGGUCGAUAGUAGUGACGACCUUCCACCACCCCCGGCACCUCUCCCAUGUGACUCGCCUUCACCGUCCUGCAGCUCCAAAGAAAGUUCGACAACAACCAAAAGAGCAAAAAGGAAGCGACCCAGCGAUGGCCUGUUGGAGUUUUUGGAGCGAUCGGACGAACGGUUCUUCCAGUUUAGUCGAGAGCUGAUGCACAGGAUGGAGGAGGACACAAAGUCACUGAUUGGACUCUUGGGACGCAUGGUGACGGUAAUGGAGGCUUCAAAUAAAAAUAAUAAUGAACACCAUCCAUCCCCAAGUUGAACUGUGAUGGGAGCUUGAGGAAUAUUUCACAUUUUGCAUUGACCUUUGGGGUGAGGCUUUUACGAUAUUUUCAUGAUGCCCCUCCGGCAGACAUUUGUAAAUAGAUUAGUUUUUUUUUUCUAUGUAUUCAUCCACUAUCAUGUUGGGAUUGUAUAAACAUAAAACCACAAAUGUGCACUGAACAUAACAUAAAACUGUAAAAAUGUCUAAUCCAGUCGGCAUUUAUUUACCUGCAUUUUAUUCUAAAAAUCCACCUGUUGAGUAAUCUUUCCAUUGAAAUGUUUCUCUUGCUGCCCUCUGCGAAGGAGACGUAAAUGUUGAAAAGUGUUAAAUAUACACGACAACUUACCGAAUGUCGUAUGACCAUGACUGCGUUCAUUGUUCAUUUAGCGACCGUGACCAAUAACUGACGAGUCUCAAAAGUGUAAUGGAAGCCAAUUUAUUCGACAGCCUUAGUACAUAUAUGUUACACAUGGAAGUAUUGUUUGUGCUUCAACACUCGCAAACAUACAUUCCCAAUAAGUUAAACAAUUUAACGACAGACUAAUGUGCUGAUACUUUUCUAAUUAGGAUAAGCGGUUCGGAUAAUGGACGGAUGGAAAUUGGGAAAGAAAUCAAGCAAUAUGACAGUUCAUCCGCUAGAACGGCAAAUGAAUUGAAACAAAAAUAAACACCAGUAAGCAUUUGCAGCACAGAAAACUUGAAGUGCAAUAUUCAACUUGUUUGGCUGGGUAAGAGGAAAAGGGAUGGGAGGAAAUGUGGAUUUUUUUUUUGUUUUCUCUUGCAAAGCCAUUCACCAUCGGAGAGGAUUUACAUUUGCACCAGCGGAAAAUCAGGCAAAGAAAAUAUAGAUAUUCUUUUCUUUUUUUUCGUUUGUUUCCAGCUAACAGCUACAGCUAAAACAUUGCAAAUACAGUGGCGUCUUAUUGGCUUUCAUAAAGGAAA